AUGCUUGAUCAACUGCCAUCAAUACCUAUCUGGAAUCUUCUUACGGCCGUGUACACGGGUGUAUUGGCUUGUCUCUGUUCCUGGGCUGUUUUCGUCAUGCCUGGAGGCCGUGGGGCUAAUAUCACAGUUCUCGCACCUGUAUGGGCUCUGGUUACGGCUUUCCUAGAUGUGGGUGCCAACUACGACCAGUCAUUACGUUCCCUUGUGAGUGCAGCUAUAGGGCUGUCGUUCACAGAGCUGGUUGCCCUUCUGGUCACAGUGUGCUCUACUACAGGCUACAAUGCCUGGAUUGGUGUUAUAAUUAGUUUCCCACUAACGUUCCUGCUGGCCAUAGGCGACCCUGCUAGCGGUAGUAAACUGUGCAAGUUGUUUAGAUCGGAUGUGGCGAUGGAGUGCAUGUACAUCCCCUUGGCAUUCCCCAACGGUCAACCCUUCUAUCACGGUCUGCUCACCUCGGGGGCGUUCGCGGUGGGCUCUGCUGAGACCAUCAUUGCAACAACUGUUUUGAAUGCGUUCAACCUAUUGCCUAGGUCCACCGUGCCGGCCAUACCAGCGUUCGCGAGAGCUGCUGCUGACUAUUUCGAGACGUUGGCUACUUAUGUCAACAGUGGGACGGAUCAUCUCAACUUCAUCGAUCGCCGGAGGGCUCAUUUUGAUAUGGCUUGGCGUCGUGCGGCUAAGUCGGCCCCUAACCCGAAAAUUCGGA